AUGUUUCUUGUUCUUUUAAAAGAUAAAUUAAAUAAAGAACAAAUUCAAUUAUUUCAUUUACUAUUACUAAAACUUAAAGUUAUUGUGAGUAACAUCCAUUCUUUUAAAACUCUGAGAACGAUUACACAAUUCUUCACUGCCCAUUUUGUAUAUACAAAUAAGAGUUUUGCUCUCAUUAAUUCAUUAUUCUCUUUUAUUCUUAUAACAAUAGUAAAGAAAGAACAAGAGAAAACAACAACAAUAUUUAAAAUUUCACAAUCAAAUAUCAAAUUCAUAACACUUGGAGAUGGAAUAAUAACAAAUAAAAAAGAAAUAGAAAUAGGAGAAGGAGAAAAAAUUGAAGUAAAUAAAGAAAUCAGAGAAUUAAUAUGUAUUGGAAAUGAAAAUAAAGAAAAAAAGAAAAUACAAAUAAGUAGUAAAGAAGAAAAUGAAAAAUAUUCAAUUAGAGUCAAACCAAAUAUUAUUACAAUUGAAGGAGGAUAUGCAUGUGAAUUUGAAAUAUUCAUUACAAUCAAAUGUACUACUAAAAUUAAAGAACAAAUAAUGAUAAUUAGUAAAACACUUAAUAAAACACAAGAAGAAAUAAUUAAAAGUAUUUCAAUUAAAGGAGAAACACAAAUAUCAACACGACUUGAUCCAGAUGAAAUAAAAGAAGAACAUAAAAUAGGAGAAGGAUCAUUUGGAAUUGUAUAUAUAGGAGAAUUUAGAGGGAAUCAAGUAGCAAUUAAAAAAAUGAAAGAAAUUGAUAAAGAUGAAGAUAAAAUGAAAGAAUUUGAGAAAGAAGUAAUGAUGUUAGAUAAAUUUAGAAGUGAAUAUAUUAUUCAAUUUUAUGGAGCAGUAUUUAUUCCUAAUAAAAUAUGUAUGAUAACAGAAUAUGCAAAAUAUGGAUCAAUACAAGAUUUAAUUAAUAAAAGAACAAACACUGAAAUACCAAAUAAAAUAAGAAUUAAAUUCAUGCUAGAUGGAGCAAAAGGAAUUUCAUAUCUUCAUUCAAAUGGAAUAAUACAUCGAGAUAUUAAACCAGAUAAUUUUCUUGUUAUAACACUUGAUGAUAAUAUUGGAAUUAAUUGUAAAUUAACAGAUUUUGGAAGUUCAAGAAACAUUAAUAUGAUGAUGACAAAUAUGACAUUUACAAAAGGGAUAUGA